GCGGGUGUGUGUGUGUGUAUGUAUGUAUACUCGGCUUCCUGCCGCUGCUGCUCGGUGUCCGCACACCGUCCGUCUCGUCAGUGUUGAUCGGUUAGCCAUGGCGGAAGGACGCAGAGAACAGCCGCCCCAUCCUCUUCUCUCCUUACCACCGGCCAGCAAGCGACCCUGCCUGCGCCCUGCUCCCCGAGGUCCCGGCCCGGGGCCCGGCCACGGCAGCGGCUUGUCCAGCUCCCGGUAUCGUUCCCCGGAGUCUCUUCUGGACUGCGCCGCGAAGGCAGUAGCGGAAAAGUGGGCCUUCGAGAGAGUAGAGGAGCGCUUUGAACGGAUCCCAGAGCCCGUCCAGCGCCGCAUCGUGUACUGGUCUUUUCCCCGCAACGAGAAGGAGAUAUGCAUGUACUCUUCGUUUCAGUGCCGAGUUGCCGGCGAGGAGGGUCCGUCGGCGGCUACCGGCGGAGCUGGGGCUGCAGGGUCCGGAGCAACAACCGCCGGCGGUGGCGGAGGAUCUACCGCCGGUACGGCGGCUACCGUGGGGGCAGCCGGAGCAGUGGGAACGGGAGACGGACUGCCUUUCCGCCGGGGUAUCAGGCUGCUAGAGACCGGCUGUGUGGAAAACGUUUUACAAGUCGGGUUUCACCUCAGUGGCACAGUAACUGAACCUGCCACAUCCUCAGAGCCAGAGGUCACUCAUAAGGUGGCCAUCAGCUUCGACAGGUGCAAGAUCACCUCCGUCACCUGUGGCUGCGGGAACAGAGACAUUUUCUACUGUGCCCACGUGGUGGCACUCUCUCUUUACCGGAUUCGCAAGCCUGAACAGGUGAAGCUGCGGUUGCCCAUCUCGGAGACGUUGUUCCAGAUGAACAGAGAUCAGCUGCAGAAAUUGGUCCAGUACCUGAUCACAGCCCACCACACCGAGGUGCUGCCCACCGCUCAGAAACUGGCCGAUGAGAUCCUCUCCUCCAACUCAGAGAUCAACCAGGUCCACGGUGCUCCAGACCCGACCGCAGGCGCCAGCAUUGACGAUGACAACUGCUGGCAUCUGGACGAAGAUCAAGUCAGGGAGCAGGUCAAACAGUUUCUGUCACAGGGAGGAUACUAUGGCUCUGGGAAGCAACUCAACUCUAUGUUCGCUAAGGUGAGGGAGAUGCUACGAAUGCGAGACUCCAAUGGUGCCCGAAUGCUGACGCUUAUAACGGAACAGUUCAUGGCAGACCCCCGGCUGUCGCUAUGGAGACAGCAGGGCACGGGCAUGACAGACAAAUGUCGGCAGCUCUGGGACGAGCUAGGUGCAUUGUGGGUGUGCGUGGUGCUCAACCCCCACUGUAAGAGCGAGGAGAAGAGCGGCUGGCUGAAGCAGCUGAAGAAGUGGGGCGACAUGGACGUCUGCCCGCUGGAGGACGGCAACUACGGCAGCGAGCUCCCAAACAUCACCAACGCUCUGCCGCAGAGCAACCUAGCGCAGGACUCUCUGUCCAGGCCGAGGAGGUCUGUGUUCAGCCGGGCCAUCGAGGCGUGCGACCUCCACUGGCAGGACAGCCACCUCCAGAGGAUCAUCAGCAGCGACCACUACAUGUCUCCAUCCUACCAGAGAGAGGGGGAGAGCCUGCUGUUCAACCCACAGGGACUGCCACUCUGGCUAGACCACGUCCCAACAGCGUGCGCUCGGGUCGACGCCCUGCGUUCCCACGGUUACUCCAGGGAAGCAUUGAGAUUGGCUGUCGCCAUCAUCAACACACUCCGCCUCCAGCAGCAGAGGCAAAUGGACAUCUACAAACACCAAAAGAAAGAGCUUCUCCAGAGGGGCGUGACUUCCACCACCAACCUGGAGGGCUGGGUGGGUCAUCCCUUGGACCCGAUUGGCUGUCUGUUCACCACGCUCACUGAAACCUGCCGCGUGGACGACGACAACACCAUGGACACCGGAGAAGGGGACCCCAGGCCUCCGGUCUACCACCACGUUCCAGUGUGGGGCAGUCCUGAUGGGGGGGAGUCCUACCUGACAUUGGCAUUGGAGGUGGCUCUGAUGGGUAUGGGCCAGCAGAGGAUAAUGCCAGAGGGCCUGUACGCUCAGGAUAAGGUGUGUCGCAACGAGGAGCAAAUUGUCGCGAAACUUCAAGAACUGGAGCUGGAUGACCUCCUGGUUCAGACUCUUCGGAAACAGGCCAUACAGCUACUAGAGGCUGGUCCGUUCAGCGGUCUCGGUGAGGUCAUCCACAGGGAGAGCGUUCCCAUGCACACCUUCGCCAAGUACCUCUUCUCUGCCCUGCUGCCGCAUGAUGCAGACCUGGCUUAUAAAGUGGCUCUCCGCGCCAUGAGGCUGCCGGUGCUGGAGUCUUCAGCAGGCUCCGGGGACGUGGGCCACCCUCAUCAUGGCAUCUCCAUAGUUCCCAGUAGAUACCCGCGCUGGUUCACACUGGGACACCUGGAGUCACAGCAGUGUGAGCUGGCCUCCACCAUGCUCACUGCCGCUAAAGGUGACAUGUUGAGGUUGCGGACGGUGCUUGAGGCCAUCCAGAAAAACAUCCACUCCUCCUCCUUAAUCUUCAAACUGGCCCAGGAUGCCUUCAAAAUAGCCACACCCGCCGACAACCCGCCUGAUAUAACCCUGCUCAACGUGGCACUGGAGCUGGGACUGCAGGUGAUGAGGAUGACUCUGUCCACUCUGAACUGGAGGAGGAGAGAGAUGGUGCGCUGGCUGGUAACCUGCGCCACUGAAGUCGGUCUGCGGGCAUUGGUGAGCAUCUUACAGAGCUGGUACACACUCUUCACACCAACCGAGGCCACCAGCAUCGUCGCGGCCACCGUCAUGUCCCACAACACCAUCCUGCGCCUCAGCCUCGACUACCCCCAGCGCGAGGAGCUGGCCAGCUGUGCCAGGACCCUGGCGCUGCAGUGCGCCAUGAAGGACCCCCAGAACUGCGCCCUGUCGGCUCUGACGCUCUGCGAGAAGGACCACAUCGCCUUUGAGACGGCCUACCAGAUCGUGAUCGACGCAGCAUCCACGGGUAUGACUUACUCCCAGCUGUUUACCAUCGCGAGGUACAUGGAACACAGAGGAUACCCUCUGCGGUCCUUCAAGUUGGCCUCCCUCGCCAUGACCCACCUUAACCUGGCUUACAACCAGGACACACACCCAGCCAUUAAUGACGUGCUCUGGGCCUGCGCGCUCAGUCACUCCCUGGGUAAAAAUGAGCUUGCAGCCAUUAUCCCCCUGGUGGUGAAGAGCGUGCACUGCGCCACGGUGCUGUCCGAUAUCCUGCGGCGGUGCACCAUGACGGCGCCAGGUCUCGCCGGCAUUCCCGGUAGAAGGAACUCUGGGAAGCUGAUGUCAACAGACAAGGCGCCAUUGCGGCAGCUCUUAGACGCCACAAUCUCAGCGUACAUCAACACCACGCACUCUCGACUGACGCACAUCAGUCCGCGGCACUACGGGGAGUUCAUAGAGUUCCUGAGCAAAGCACGGGAGACUUUCCUGCUGGCACAGGACGGCCACAUUCAGUUUGCCCAGUUCAUAGACAACCUGAAACAGAUCUACAAGGGCAAGAAAAAACUGAUGAUGUUGGUCAGAGAGCGCUUCGGCUGACCUUACCCCUCCCUCACAGGGACCCUCUUCUUGGGAAGUAGUUUAAACUUAUUUGUUUCUAUUUAAGGUUUUUUGGAUUCUUUGUAUUUUUACUUUUUAUGUUGAGCCAUUUGUUGACUAAGUCUUAAGUUUUUGUCCUGUUUUGUUGUUUUGUUUCUUGAAUGUGAACCAGGAAGUGUUCGCAGUACAUUGCUCUACUUCAUUGAGACUGCAAAAGGGGGAAACGGCUUGAAAUGUCAAAGAAACAAAAACAAAGCAUUUUCCCCCUCCAACUAAUGUUAAAUCUAGUAUGAAAAAGUCAAAAGAUUGUGAUGAAAGAAACAAAAGGAACUUUUGUUUUUCUGUGGCACAUGACGAUUUAAAAACCAAAAGAUUUCGUUGGAUGGGGUACUUUGAGCCAGAAGACGCUUUCAGCUGGGGUUAAGAAGAAGAAGAAGAGGAAGUGGUUUUCAAAGUGGAAGGAACACGUCAUUCCAAAAGAAAGAAAAAAAACCUGCUGAGGUCAAAAACACACAUAGUGUUACUGUCAUACCUCGACUGUAUUAUUUGUCAGCUUUAACUUCUCUAUCAGAAAUGGCCUCUUGUUUCAUUCAGGGCAUCGUAGAGUAGAGAGGGCACAAUACAGAACUACACAUGUGUGGUUUAUAAACUUGACUAAAGCCACUCUAGACUAGCUCCUACCCUCUACACCUGCUGGUCAGUGCUUUUCCUAAAGAAUAUCUUCAGAGGAAGAACCAUGUUGCUUCACAGAGUGCAUGUUUUCCAAUACAGAAGCCUGAGAGUGACAUUAUUCAGGCUGUUCUCGCUAAGGUAGAGUAGUCCAGGCUCCACGUGCACAUAUAUAUAUAUAUACAGUAUAUCUCGUAUGUCCUCCUAUAAGCUUAUUAACAGUGACAAUACACAACUGUGAUGAACGGUGGGGUCACAGUAUUCCCAUCUUUAGAGCUACCACUGCACUGCUGUACAGCUAAUUGUGGCCAAAACUUUAAAAUCUAUAAGACUCCAGUGGUCACCUUUCACUCGCUAGAUCAAGAUUUAGUCAAUAAGCAAUAUAAGUCAAGUCUGCGCUUCAUAUUUUAUCACCUAGCGGCAUUAAUUUCACCUUUGUGUAUUGUGUUUGGAAGCUUUGGAACAUAUUGGGACCUUGUUGAUUCCAGUGACUGUUAGUUGUUAACUCUGCCCGUAGCUUUAGUCCCUUUUCCAUCUCAAGAACUUUUGCCAGAGCUGAGGAAUUUUUGUAAGUUUGUUAUUUUGUUUCCUGGAACUUUUCAACUUCGUAGAGCCAAAGCCUCAUUAUAAAAGCAGAAAUCUGGUUCCAAUUUUGGUUCUUUUGGUCGUAGUUCCUACCCCUAGAGCCCCAGCAGCCCAGAUAGUACUUUAUACCAAUUGUUAUGAGUUCUCGGGUUGACUUGUGCAAUACUUACCUUUGCCGAUUGGCCAAACAAGCACUGUUUCAAUUUAUUAGCCAGAAUUAUCUAAAAUUACCAUUGCAGCAAGAUUAGAAAGCAAGUGCUGAACAAUUAAGUUAAGUCUUAGACUGAUAACAAGGUAGAGGCUCUGCCUUGUAUAUCUACCGCUGAAAGCCUGCCAUUUUUUAAUGAAUUUAUAGGAGAGUUGGGCUUAUGCCACUGACAAAUCUGCACCAGUCAAUAUUUGUAUGUGUCAUGCGAAAAGGCCGCUCAUAGUAACAAACCCACAGACAAUAAUCACCCAACUCUGCUGUUCCCCUCUACUCUAAGUUUUUUGGGUAAUUGCUUCAACUUUUUCUUGCCAAAAAUAUACUUGCUGUGCUAAUUUUCCCAAACCACAGCAGCUAGCUGUUGUCAGGAAAAAAAGCUAACCAACCGUACACCAGCUGUCUAGCACCAAACACUAUAGACAGAGAAAGUUAGCAGCUAGCCGGUGGACAUAGUGUAGCAUUUGGUUGCUAACAUCAGUGUAGACCAAAACUGAGCUAAAAAGAGAGUAAAUAUUGGACUUACAUUUGUUAGUUAGCCAUAAACAUGACUCCAAAACAAUGUUAAUGUUGCUCCACCUGUGCUACAUGUGUACAUUUGCAACUUUUUCUUACACAUUAGCCAUAUCAACUUUCUGAGGUGAUAACAUGUCAAUGUUGUGUCCUAAGGUUGUUCCACUGACCCCAGAUCAGGUAUGGAGUGGUUAAAGUAUUGUUUGGAUGAACUAAAACAAAGAUAGUAAGAUUGAGCUGCUAAAAAGUCAGUGGGGACCAAAACAGAGGUCACAUAAGUGAAUGGAAUACUAACAUUGCUCUCUCUGCUAAAUGUGUAAAUUAGCAAACGUUUGCUAAUAUAUCAGCCAUAGGAACUUAAUUAGGUAACAGUAUGUCGUAGUAGUAUUCUUAGCCCAUUCCAUGGCCCCCAAAAUCAGUUAACUUUGGUUUAGGUAUUGCUUGGAUAAACCUAGACAUAAAAAAUAAUAAUACCUAAACAAUAAAACUCACAUUAAUUGCAGUAUUCAUAUUAGCCCCCAUCAUGGCUAAAGCAAAGAUCCUUAAGCAUCCUGAAUUUUAAUUUUAAAUCCUCCAGUUCUCUGGUCUUGUGAUGGAAAAGAGUCUCUAGUUACUAAAGCCACUCACCUGUGAAUGCUACUGGUUGUGAUCAUUGUGGACUGUGAAGACGAGUGUCCUUGUCUUUCUCAAAGGGUUAAAGAAACACAACAGAUACUGUAUGUUUUAUGACUUGAUGAUUUAAUCGUACAUAUUUGAGACCACAUGCCUUGGCACAAUAAGUUAUUUGUUCUAUAUGAGGGACGUCCAUGCUCCCUUCUGUUACCCAGUGGCAAAGUGUUGUUGUUAAUGGCAGUAUACAGUACAGCAAGAAUCUUUACCGGUCGGACUAAAUCGUACAAGCACUUCACACAAAUACCUCUUCAGUACGUUCCUGCCUGCUUCAGCAUUUAUUUAUUGAUUGUUUCGUAACUUUGUAUGACUGCGUAGGAAUCGCAGACACACACAAACAGAACACAGCGAGUUAGUCGGCCUGUCGAUGGCAGGAGAGUAAAAAAAGAAAAGGGUUUUUGAAUGGAGGAACAUUUUCUUGUCUGCUUUUACAUUCCAUGAGAGCUACCUUCACCCACUAUACCCAGGUAGUCAGUCACAACUCUGGGCCUUUUAAAUCUGAAGAAACGCAGAUAGAAGAAUGGGAAGAAAAAAAAGAAGAAAACUGAGCAAAAGAAAGAAAAGAGAGGCUAAACUCAGUUCUCAGGGACAUCACUUAAAGAAACAAAACAAAAAGUAGUAGCAUUAAGCAUUUAAGAUAUUGUAAAUAUUAAAGUGUCAAUUCAGAAAAUUGUAAAGUUAUAAUUAUUUAUGAUAAGUAUGUUAUGUGUUUGUUUUUACUUUAUUUUUAUGUUGGUUUUUUUUUGGCGGGGGUGUACUUGAAUUGUUUUGGACGGGAAGCGUUUUUUUGUAAGACUUCAAGGCAUUUCUCAGGUGCUCCUGUGUACAUUUCUUUCAGUUUGUUUUUGCUAUAACUAUUAUUAUUUGUAUUUCUUUACAUUUUUUUGUUUAAUUUGCAAAGACAAAAAAAAGUUUUCCAAAAGGAAGCAUGUUAUUCAGAGUUGAGGAAAAUGAGGAAGGCAUUCAUUUGUAAACUAAACCUGACUAUGCAGAACCACUUCGACUGGUCUUGUCACCUCUUAAAGACGCCCCCUAAAAAAGUACGGAAGAAGAGACUCAGUGGACUGAACCACUAUUAAAGAGAGGAGUUGGGGGGGGGGGGGACAAAGACAAGACCCAGCAUGCUUGUAUUUGGACAAUGCGCAGUAGCCAGCCUGCAUACGCUGCAACAUUUAGAGGAGAAAAAAAUAAUGGUGGAAAAUGCCUUUGUGACCGAUCAAUGUACAAAGUUUAUAUUUGCUUUACUUCUUUGUUGGUUUUAUUUAAUCAGGACUCAAGCCUUUAGUGUCUUCUCAGAGGUGUCGUGUGGCGGCGCCACAAGUGAGACAGAACAAUACACAAAAUGUCAGAGUCAGAAACAGCAACUGUGUGAACAAAGGAGGCAGCCUGUGGAUGACCUUGUGUUCGUUCCUUGUUGUUACUUGUUUGUUUUUUUUCAAAUUGCUUUCUCAACUCCUUUCACCUCUUCUUUCUCAUCACCAUUCUUUCUUUAUCUAAUUUACAGUUUGCCUCACCCGCUCUCACAGACGGAGGACUAAUGCAUUAUUUGUCAGUGACCAGCUCUCCGUGAACUAAACUUGGAAGCUGCGUCCAGUUGCCUUUAUGCGAUGCGUUAACUGACAGCAUUACAACAUAAAAAGUUCCUCGCUUUAACUUGAUCCCUGUUUUUCAGUCUGUGUUAACAGUAUCAGCCAGUUCUUAUUGUUUCCCUUUCUUUGGUAGGAGAGUACUAUUUGCUGGUAGAGAUCUAGUUCACCUACUGUUUCCCCAUAUGUUUUUGUUUUGGAUUCUUUCUAACUUAAGGGAAAAUUGAAAGUGUUUGUUGCCUCUUUGUGCUACUGAUUAUGAAAAGGUAUUUCCAGUAUUUGUUGCCACAGAAGUAUGAUAGCUUAUCAUCAACAUUUGUUUUUUUUUAAUUUGUAAUUUUUUUUGUGCAACUUCUUGAGCUACUGUCUAUAAAGCGAGAAUUUAUUACUAUUUAUGUAACGCUACUACCAUUUUAUAUUGAUUUGUGUUGGAAUCUCAGUGCUUUUCUAUGAAUAAAGUGUGAAACACGUUA